CAAUAGAAAGGCUCACCUCACACACUUGAAUAUUGAUUACAUGAUUACAUCCCCAAUCACUUCACGAAUGGCAUUGAGGCUAAGGCGUACAAUUCUUCUUAAUUCGGCUAUUAUCCCAUUUGGGCUCGUCUCAGAUUACCCAAAACUUCCUUACUCUAUUCACUCUAUUCCAAAAUCACCUCAUUUCCAUGCUUUAGUUGCCAAAAUGCCAUCUUCUAAUGCCAUGAAUUCUCCUGCUAAAGUCAUUGAUUCUCACCUCCAUGUUUGGGCAUCUCCUCAAGAGGCUGCAGAUAAAUUUCCUUAUUUCCCUGGCCAAGAACCCAGCUUGACUGGACAUGCUGAAUUCUUGUUUGAGUGUAUGGAAGAAGCAGGUGUAGAUGGUGCAUUGAUUGUGCAGCCAAUUAAUCACAAGUUUGAUCAUUCUUAUGUCACAAGCAUUUUGGAGAGAUACCCAUCAAAAUUCUCCGGUUGCUGCCUCGCAAAUCCAGCGGAUGACGGUAGUGGGAUAGAUCAACUAACAGAUCUUGUCAAAAAGGAUGGAUAUUGUGCCGUUCGUUUUAAUCCAUACUUAUGGCCAUCUGGUCAGAAGAUGACAAAUGAGGUGGGAAAGGCGAUGUUUUCUAAGGCCGGAGAACUUGGUAUACCAGUAGGCUUCAUGUGUAUGAAGGGUCUAAAUCUACAUUUUUCAGAGAUUGAGGAAUUGUGCACAGAAUAUCCGUCAACUCCUGUGUUGAUAGAUCAUAUGGGGUUCUGCAAAUCGCCAACUAAUGACGAUGAACGAUUGAGCUUCUCAAAUCUUUUGAAGUUAUCGCAAUUCCCUCAGGUCCAUGUAAAAUUCAGUGCGCUGUUCAGGAUCUCGAGAGAGUCAUUUCCAUACCAGGACUUGAUGCCUUCAUUUUCUCAAGUUGUCUCAAGUUUCGGUGCCAAUAGAAUCAUGUGGGGCAGCGAUUUUCCGUUUGUCGUUUCAGAAUGUGGUUACAAAGAAGCCAAAGAAGUGGUGUCUCUAAUUGCCGAACAAGCAAGCUUAUCAGCUUCUGAUGUAGAUUUGAUUAUGGGUGGAACAAUCAUGAAGCUUUUCCAAGGUCAUUGGCUUUCUUCGUGAGCUAAUGGAAAUUACCAACAUCUGCAACAAUAUAUUCGAAUUUGGGACUUGCAUGUUCUAAUUUAGUUUGAUAUUCAUACAAAUCUAAAUAUGCUCUGAUAUGUGGAAAUUGUGUGAUGGAUACAGAUGAACAUAAAGUUGGCUAAAUUUUAACUUGAUAUUUUAAUGCUUACGGUUUUACCUUUGUUUUUGGACAAUAUAAUAAUUGACUUUCGUAGCCAAA